AUGUCUCCAUCGGCAGAAGAAAGUACCGGGGGUAGCGGCACCGCGUCCUCCUCGUAUUCCCCGCUCCAGCCCGGAUUCUACGUCCCGACUGUCGCCUUCUUCACCCCUGAGGAUACCAUCGACGAAGCCGCAACUACGAAACACGCGACAGAACUAGCCAAGGCUGGCGUCACUGGACUUGUGACGCACGGCUCGAAUGGCGAAGCUGUCCAUCUAGAUCACCAGGAGCGUAUGCUCAUCACCAUGAUAUCACGAAAGGCCUUGGACAAUGCCGGCCUCACCGACAUCCCAGUCAUAGUCGGAUGUGGCGCUCAGAGCACACGCGAGACCAUCCAACUUUGCCAAGAAGCUAAAGAGUCUGGUGGUUCGUACGUUCUCGUUCUGCCGCCAGCCUACUACGGCAGCCUCCUCACGAAUGACCUGAUCAUGAACCACUUCAAAGCUGUCGCUGAUGCGUCACCGCUGCCCGUUAUAAUCUACAACUUCCCCGGCGCGUGCAGUGGCCUGGAUCUCAGCUCCGAUGUCAUCAUAGCACUGGCUCAACACCCCAACAUCUGCGGUGUCAAGUUGACCUGUGGCAACACAGGAAAGCUUGCACGUGUGGUUGCCGGUACGGAGAAUACCGGAUUCCGCACAUACGGUGGCAGCGCGGACUUCAUCAUUCAGACCUUGGCUGUCGGUGGACAUGGAAUCAUCGGAGGACUAGGCAAUCUCGCACCCAAGGCCUGCUUGGAGGUCAUGAGCCUGUGGCAAUCAGGCAAACAUGACCAGGCGCGCGAGCUUCAGAAGAUCGUUGCGAGGGGUGACUGGACAGCUAUCCAGGGCGGAUUCGUUGCCGUCAAGGUUGGUCUGCAGAAGUACAGAGGCUAUGGAGGAGAGCCGAGAAAGCCUUGCGUGCUGCCGGAAGGCCCGAAGUUGACGGAACAAGAAGAGGGCUUCGCCGAGCUGAUGGCUGAGGAGGACAAGCUGGGCAAGUAG